CUAGUUCGAGCUACUCGCUGCUGGAGUGCUCGUACGUCAAGUGCCAUCCCAAAAACCAAGUAGGGCAAGAGCAAGAGCAAGACUCCAAGAAGCUGAGCUCAAAGCUCCAUUCCCUCAUCAAUGGAGUUCCUGUCGCAGAUGUGGUCGCUCUUGGGCCUCCUCACCAUCCUGCAGAACGUCCUCCCUUCGCAGCUCCUCUCCCUGCUCCACUCGCUGUGGCAGUCGCUCCAGGACUCGCUUACGCCCUACUCCUACUUCGACGUGCCGGAGUUCAUCGGCUCCGCCGCCGUCGAGACCAACGCGCUCUACCGCCACGUCCAGCUCUACCUCCACUGCUCCCUCCUCCUCUCCUCCCCUCCGCCUCCCCGCCUCACGCUGUCGCUGCCGCGCUCCGCCGCAGCCGUCUCCGGCGGGCACGGCGCCGCGUCGGCCGCUCCCGCGCCGCUGUCUGUGUCGCUCUCCCCGAACCACUCGGUCGCCGACACCUUCAACGGCCACCGCGCCGUGUGGACGCACCACGCCGACACGCUCCAGGACUCGCUGGAGGAGCGCCGGUCCUUCUCCCUGCGCCUCCCGAAGCGGCACGCUGCGGCGGUGCUUCCGGCGUACCUCGCGCACCUCGCUGCCGCGGCGGACCACCUGGAGCGCUCGUCACGGGCGCGGAGGCUGCACACGAACGCGGCGUCGCCCCGGGGGGCCGCGGCGUGGGCGUCGGUGCCGUUCUGCCACCCGGCCACCUUCGACACGCUCGCGCUCGACCCGGGCCUCAAGGAGCGCCUCCUCACCGAUCUCACGGCGUUCGCAGAUGGGAGGGAGUUCUACCGCCGGACGGGGAGACCGUGGAAGCGCGGGUACCUCCUGCACGGCCCGCCUGGUUCCGGCAAGUCUUCGCUCAUCGCCGCCAUGGCGAACCACCUCCGGUACGACGUGUUCGACCUGGAGCUCACCCGCGUCGCCAGCAACGCCGACCUCCGCGCGCUCCUUAUCCAGACCACCAACCGUUCCCUCAUUGUCAUCGAGGACAUCGACUGCUCCCUCCACCUCACCGGCGACCGCGGCCUAGCCUCCGAGAGGCUGCACAAAAGACGCAAGCUCCACGCCACCGUCUACGACGACUCAUCUGACUCAGACGAUGACGCUGGCAGCAACAACCAUCGGGGGAAGGUGACGCUGUCCGGCCUGCUCAACUUCACCGACGGCCUGUGGUCGAGCUGCGGUGAGGAACGCAUCAUCGUGUUCACGACAAAUCACGUGAACGGCAUCGACCCUGCCCUGCUUCGCCCGGGGAGGAUGGACGUGCACGUCCGCCUUGACGCGUGCGGCUCGCACGCCAUGCGGGAGCUGGUGGAGCGGUACGUCGGCGUCAGCGACCACGAAAUGCUCGGCGCCGCGGAGGACUGCAUAAGGGGCGGCGCGGAGAUGACGCCGGCAGAGAUAGGAGAAGUGCUGCUGAGGAACAGAGACGAGCCGGAGGCAGCGGUAACGGAACUCGCCGCCGAGCUCAAGGCGAGGAGACGCGCGGCUGACGAUCUCCACCAGUGGGAGGACUCGGUGGCUGAGCUCUCCGAUGGCUCACCGACGAAGAAAGGGAGGAAGGGGUUGGGGUGGGAAGGCAAGGUCAGGAUCUUCGGAAGGCUGAGGAGCCUCACCAAGUCGGAGUCCGGCAGGCGAUGAUUGUAGUUUGACCGUGUUUGACAUAGUGUUUUAGGUCAGCUCUUGGUCGGUAAUUUGAAGUUCCUGUUUAGUUUUAAUAUAUAUCUUGUAAGCUCUGUAAUUUGAAGUCUUUUGGUUUCCACCUAUUUUCAA